ACCUUGAGCCUAGAGACUAUUUAGCGGACUACUCCUUCCAUCCUUCUUUGUCCUCCCCCUCCUUUUCAAAAUCGCGCCUAGUACUUCCGACUCUCAUUUUUAUUUAUAAGCUCCCAAGCAAGCUUUAUUUUCUGUAAAGAACUAGACUUUAAUUGCCAUUUGCUUGCCAUUUGCCCUCGACUUUUACAUACCCAAAAAAUACGUAUAAAAGUUGUUAAUUUUCGGCUUUCUAACUUUAAACCCAAGACUUCUACUCCUUUACAAAGAGUUUGUAUUUUCAUUGUUUUGGCUCCAGAAAAAGUUUAUAAGAAAGGCUUUUGCUUAUAUCUGAUUUGCCCAACUUGAAGACGGUGGUAUUUGGAAGGCUAAAAUACAGAAACAUAGUUAAGAUUUUAGGUUGGGGUUUCGUGAAAAUGGAUAAAAAGAAAGUGGCAGUGCCAUUGGUUUGCCAUGGUCAUUCACGUCCAGUGGUUGAUUUGUUCUAUAGCCCAGUUACCUCUGAUGGGUUCUUCCUCAUUAGCGCCAGCAAAGCCAAGCACUAUCAAGGAGGGAGUUCUAUUGUUGCAUAUUGAUUCCAGCCCAAUGCUUAGAAAUGGUGAGACUGGAGAUUGGAUUGGAACAUUUGAAGGACAUAAAGGAGCAGUAUGGAGUUGCUGCUUGGACACAAAUGCUUUGCGUGCUGCAUCUGGCUCUGCUGACUUCUCUGCGAAAAUUUGGGAUGCGUUAACUGGGGAUGAACUGCAUUCUUUUGCGCAUAAGCACAUUGUUCGAGCCUGUGCUUUCUCCGAGGAUACUUAUUUUCUACUUACUGGUGGAGUGGAGAAAGUUUUGCGCGUAUAUGAUAUGAAUCGCCCUGAUGCAGCUCCUCGAGAAGUGGCUAAGACUCCUGGAUCAGUCAGAGCUGUUACAUGGCUUCACAGCGAUCAAACAAUUUUAAGUUCCUGUACUGACAGUGGAGGUGUUAGACUGUGGGAUGUGAGAACUGGGGAUAUAGUUCGUACGCUUGAGACAAAGUCCCCAGUGACUAGUGCUGAAGUGAGUCAAGAUGGUCGUUACAUUACAACUUGUGACGGAUUCAGUGUCAAGUUUUGGGAUGCAAAUCACUUUGGAUUGGUGAAGAGCUACAACAUGCCAUGCACUGUAGAAUCAGCUUCCUUGGAACCAAAAUAUGGGCUCAAAUUUGUUGCUGGAGGAGAAGACAUGUGGAUUCGUGUAUUUAAUUUCCACACUGGUGAAGAGCUUGGUUUGGACAAAGUGACUUAUCCAGAUAAAGGAUUUUUCCCCCUUGUACUGGUAAUUCACCAAAAUUCUGGAACACUAUAUCACCUGCAUGAUCAAAGGCAAGGUCUGUGAUAAAACCAGCUGUGUGUUGCCUUCUCUAAAUGUAUGAUGUAUCUGCACAUGUUGGCCCCUUUUGAGCUUCUGGAUGGCAGAUACAAUUGUAGUUAUACUCCAUGGAACCUCCCAUAUACCAUCCAGAACCUUCUUUAGUACCAGAGAGUCAGUCUCCAUAAUGAGAGGUGUCAAACUGAUGCUCCACACAGAAUUGUAAACCUUUCUUGACUGCUAAAGCUUCUGCUAACAUCGUUUCCUGGAAUUCCACAGCCUUGGCAUAUAUUAAUUCACCUUGGGAGUUUCUGACACAGAAUCCUAUAGCACUCCUACCAGGAUUGCUUCUACUGGUACCAUCUGAAUUACAUUUAUAGCUCUCGGGAGGAGGAGGUGACCAGUAGACAAUCUUAGGGGUUGUUUGGUUGUGGAACUAACGGGAUAGUAGGGGGAUUAAAUAGUGACGAGAUUAUUUAGUGGAUAUAUUUUUAUUGGUAGAUGUUUGGUUCAUUGGACUAAAAAUGGGAUAUACGGGGUAUAAUAUUAAUAUAAAACAUGUUUUUGGUAUAUCUAGAUAAGUUGGGAUAAACUUUCAUUUUCAAUUUAACCUUGGACUUUUUAAAGGACUUUGGGGGAAGAGCCUUGGAAAAGGGCAUCUUUGUCAUUGUAUUGUUUUAUCCCGGGAUUAAGUAAUCCCGGGAUUAUUAUCCCACCCUCAAUAUGGGAUAGAAUAAUACUGCAAUUGUGGUAUAAAUUAAUCCCGGAUUCGAAAAUUCAACCAAAUGUGGGAUUAAAAAUAAUCCCGUACCUAAUCCCGAGAUUAUCAUCCCUUAUCCCACCAACCAAACAACCCCUUAGUGCUUAGCACUGGUUUGUAAGCUUCAAAGAAAGCAUUCAUAUCAGGCCAUGAUCUGGGGAUAGAUUGGAGCCAAGGAUACCUGUACUUUGCCAACUGAUAUAGUAAGUUAUUGAUUUCCUUAAACCAUUCUAGUAAAAGCGACCCUUUCCCCGUGCCUUAAAGCAUUUCUCCUUUUCCACAAUUGCCUUAACAUGAUUGAUGGAAAUGCCUGGUGCAAUGGCUUCAAUUUAACAACUGUCUUUGCAUUCCACCAACCCAUGAUAGCAGCUUUUAACUGGAUGGGAGGAAAAGACAAACCAGCAGUCCACAGAAUAAUUCCAAAUUCUAAUAGCAACUGCACUUGUUAAGAAGGAUGUGCUAAAGUAUCUUGUUGAGGUGAAAUACAACAGCUGCAUUUUGAAGGGUUAGCAAACUGCAUCCUCAUUAGAAUAUCAUCUGUUGGUAAUUUGGCCUUUCACAAUCUCCACAUAAAGAAUGAAAUUUAAAAAGUAAAGUCUUUUCACCCACAUUGGUUCAUAGUAAAUUGUACCUCUUCCCCGUGUCUAAUAUACUGCCAAGCACUCUUCACAGUGAACUGUCUACUUGCUGUUAGCUUCCACCUUGCUUUGUCAAAAUGAUCUCGUUCAUAAAUCAGCUUAACAUUAUUCAAGAUAUGCUCAGCAAUCUCCUCAGAUACCAGAUGUCUAAUUUCCUGUCCAGUCUCCAUUUUCUAUCAAAUCUGCUCUUCUUCAAUAAUAUGCUCAGCAGGGACCACAUGAUGUAGUCUCCCAAUUGCGUCCAGUUAUCACACCAAUAGGUUGAGAAACCACAUUGUUGAGAAACCACAUUUCACUUCCCACCAUAUUUCUUGUUCUAUAAGAUCUCUAGCUGAAAACAUCUUCUCCCACUGUACUAGUGUAGGAGGAUCUUUCUUGUAGCACUUGUUCCACAGAAAAUUUAUCCACGAUUUUGUGGUUCAAAACUCCACCAUAAUUUAGAGAACGAUGCAGUUGACACAUCAAAUAAUGAUCUAAAGCCCAGCCCUACUUCAUUUGUAGGUAGACUGAGACUGCCAUGUAGCCUAAUGCCUACGUCUACCUUCUUCCUUGUUACGCCAAAAGAACUGUGAGAAUAUACGGGAGAAAAAAUCUAUUAUUGAUAUUCUAUUUAAUUAUAAUACAAUGAACCCUAUUUAUGCAAUACAUAUCAUACUCCUAUUCUAUGUACGACUAGGACUAAUUUAUAUAAUUUACAUAACUAUCUAACACUUCUCCUCAAGCCGGUGCAUACAAAUCAUAUGUACCGAGCUUGUUACAUAUGUAACUAAUACGAGGACCAGUAAGGGACUUGGUGAAAAUAUCUGCAAGCUAAUCAUUCAACUUCACAAACUUUGUAGCAAUAUCUCCUGAGAAUAUCUUUUCUCUAACGAAGUGACAGUCAAUCUCGAUGUGUUUAGUUCUCUCAUGGAACACCGAAUUUGAUGCAAUAUGAAGGGCAACUUGA